CUCUGCCAGUAAGUCAGAUGGAGGCUGAGAGGAGGGAGAGGGAGGACCCCAGAGCCCAGCUGCGAGCCGGUCUGCUCUGCUCCAGUGCCUGUGUGUGAGGGGUCGCUGGCCGGGGCUAGGGAGGGGAAUCUUGGCCUGGUGUGGUGGAAACAUUUGCUUUGGAGGCAGAUGGACUAGAUUCUGAUCCUGACUCUGCAAUCUGCUGCCUGUGUGACUUUGGAGCCAUGUGCCACCUGAUCCUGCUGCUCCUGGCCGUGCUGACCCUAGGCCUGGCUGCCUCCCAACACCGAGACAAGGUGCCCUGUAAGAUGGUGGACAAGGAGGUCUCCUGCCAGGGCCUGGGCCUGCUCCAGGUCCCCUCGGUACUCCCGCUGGACACUGAGGCCCUUGAUCUAUCUGGAAACCAGCUGCAGAGUGUCCUGUCCUCACCUCUGGGCUUCUACACAGCACUUCGUCACCUGGACCUGAGCACCAACGAGAUCAGCUUCCUCCAACCGGGCGUCUUCCAGGCCCUGCCCCACCUAGAGCACCUCAGCCUGGCCCACAACCGCCUGGCGGUGGGCACUGCGCUGAGUGCCAGCGGUCUGGGUCCCCUGCCACACGUGACCUCCCUGGACCUGUCCGGGAACAGCCUGUACAGCGGCCUGGUGGAGCGGCUGCUGGGGGAGGCACCCAGCUUGCGCAGCCUGUCGCUGGCAGAGAACAGCCUGACGCGCCUCAGCCGCCACACGUUCCGCGGCAUGCCCGCCCUGGAGCGGCUCGACCUGCACAGCAACGUGCUGAUGGACAUCGAGGACGGUGCUUUCGAGGCCCUGCCCCGCCUGGCCCACCUCAAUCUCUCCAGGAAUUCCCUCACUUGCAUCUCCGACUUCAGCCUGCAGCAGCUGCGGGUGCUCGACCUGAGCUGCAACAGCAUCGAGGCCUUUCAGACGGCCCCCGAGCCCCAGGCCGAAUACCAGCUCGCCUGGCUGGACCUGCGGGAGAACAAACUGCUCCAUUUCCCUGACCUGGCCGAGCUCCCGAGACUCAUCUACCUGAACGUGUCCAACAACCUCAUCCGUCUCCCUGCGGGGCCGCCCCAGGGCAGCGAGGGCAUCCACGCGCCUUCCGAGGGCUGGUCAGCCUUGCGGCUCUCAAACCCCAGCUGGAACGCCAGCGCCCAUCCCUUCUCCCAGCUCUUGAAUCUGGAUUUGAGCUAUAAUGAGAUCGAGCUCGUCCCUGACGGCUUUCUUGAGCGCCUGACCUCCCUGCGCUUCUUGAACCUCAGCCGAAACUGCUUGCGGGCCUUCGAGGCCCGGCGCUUGGGCACCCUGCCCUGCCUGGUGCUCCUGGACUUAAGCCACAAUGCGCUGGAGGCACUAGAACUGAGCGCCAGAGCCCUGGGGUCCCUGCGGACACUGCUCCUCCAGGACAACGCCCUGCGGGACCUGCCCCCCUACACCUUUGCUAGCCUGAGCAGCCUACAGAGGCUCAACCUGCAGGGGAACCGGGUCAGCCCCUGUGGGGGGCCGGGGGAGCCUGGUCCCUCAGGAUGUGUGGCCUUCUCUGGCAUCUCCUCCCUCCGCAUCCUGAACCUGGUGGACAAUGAGAUGGAGGUUCUCAGGGCAGGGGCCUUCCUCCACACGCCACUCACUGAGCUGGACCUCUCUGCCAACCCUGGGCUGGAUGUCCUGGCUCUGCAGGGCAAUGGGCUGGUGGUCCUGCAGGUGGACCUGCCCUGCUUCAGCUGCCUCAAGAGGCUCAAUCUGGCCCAGAACCGCCUCAGCCACCUGCCUGCCUGGACACAGGCCGUGUCACUGGAGGUGCUGGACCUGCGGAACAACAGCUUCAGCCUCCUGCCAGGCAGCGCCAUGGGCGGCCUGGAGACCAGCCUCCGGCGCCUCUACCUUCAGGGGAAUCCGCUGAGCUGCUGUGGCAAUGGCUGGCUGGCGGCCCAGCUGCACCAGGGCCGUGUGGACGUGGACGCCACCCAGGACCUGGCCUGUCACCUCGGUUCCCAGGAGAAGGUGUCCUUGAGCCAUGUGCGUCCUGAGGACUGUGAGAAAGGGGGGCUCAAGAACGUCAACCUCGUCAUCAUCCUCACCUUCACACUGGUCUCUGCCGUCCUGCUCACCAUGCUGGCCACCUGUUGCUGCGUCCGCCGGCAGAAGUUCAACCAACAGUACAAAGCCUGAAGAGGCUGGGGGACACUUUCAGGUCAGUGAGGGAGCCAGAGGCACAGAGGAGGGUGAGGACUGACCCAAGGUCACACAAUGAGCCAGGGUCCAAGAACCCUGCUGUCUAAAUCCCAGCCUGGGGCUCCUUUCUCUGCAUUCUGCUGCAUAGGCAGGUGACCCACUUCCCAGGCCGCCCUUGGGUCCAGCUGUGGAAGUCGGAAGUUGGGCAGUGUCAGGGGCAGCAGAGAACAAUGUUGACCCAUCGGAUCAACACACCUUCACUGGGCAUCUGUUUUGUGCCAUGCCCUGCUCUGGACACUGGGGACGCUGGUAAAUGAGACACAUUCCUGACCUCAAGAACCUCCCAGUCUGGUAGGAGAGGUUGUCGUGGAGCCGUGCCAUGACCACACAGUGCGG